AAAAAAAAAAUUGGAUUUCAGCCGAAAUAUUGUAAUUUUUUUUUAAUUACUAUUUUUUUUUUUUUUUUUUUUUCUGCUUCAUAUAUAUUUUCUUUUAAAUACUUGUAUAAUGUCUUUAAUUUAUUCAACUGAUACCGAUAACUCUAUAUCUGCGCCGCUUCCUACCCAUUUUUCUCCAAGUUUACAUUAUAAUGAUAACUACAGUAGUAGCAGUAAUAAUAAUAGCAAUAUGAAUCAUUAUAUUCAGCAACAAGUAGAGAAUACACCCGCUUUUACUGUUCCCGAUAACUUCCAACUUCAGGACAUUCAAAAUAAUAAGAAAGCACCAAAAUCAAAUUCCUGGUUUAAUACAAGUGCUUUUGGUAAAGCAAAUACCAAAGCUAUCCGAAGAGUAGCUUCUGCACCUAAUGCAAAUCACUUACAGCCCCAUAAACCUAAUAAUUCUUCAUCUUUAUUACAUCAAAGUUUACAUCCUGAUAAUGCAAGUCUUCAAUCUCAAUUUGAUAAAAUGAAAUUAUGUAGAAGAACUUACUCAAGUAGCAGCAUUAAAAUUAAAAACUUGGAAGUAGGCCCAUCAAGUUUUGUUAAAAUAAGAAUGCUAGGAAAAGGUGAUGUCGGUAAAGUUUAUAUGGUUCGACAAAAAGGGACGGAUAAACUAUACGCUAUGAAAGUGCUUUCGAAAAAAGAAAUGAUCAAGCGAAAUAAAAUCAAACGUGCUCUGGCAGAACAAGAAAUAUUGAUGACAUCAAAUCAUCCAUUUAUUGUUACCUUAUAUCAUUGCUUUCAAAGUCAAGAGUAUCUUUAUUUUGUUAUGGAAUAUUGUAUGGGUGGUGAAUUUUUAGAGCUAAGACCUGGUAAAUGUCUAAAUGAAGAUGGUGCUAGGUUCUAUGCAGCAGAGGUGACAGCAGCUCUUGAAUAUUUACAUCUGCAAGGUCAUAUAUAUCGUGAUCUUAAACCUGAAAACAUUUUAUUACAUCAAAGUGGACAUAUUAUGUUAACAGAUUUUGAUCUAAGUAAAGGAUCAAGUCCUCCAGGUAGACCAGGUGUAGUCAAGUCAAAAUCACCAAAUCAGCCACCAUCUAUUGAUACUAAAAGCUGUGUAGAAGGAUUACGUACAAACAGUUUUGUUGGAACCGAAGAAUAUAUUGCACCUGAAGUCAUUAAAGGAUGUGGUCAUACAAGUGCUGUUGAUUGGUGGACAUUAGGAAUACUUAUUUAUGAAAUGCUUUAUGGUACAACUCCUUUCAAGGGAAAUGGUAGAAACGAUACAUUUUCCAAAAUUCUUCACACAGAAGUUCAUUUUCCACAUCAACCUGCACCUUAUUGUGGUACUAUUUCAAGUAGUACAAAGAAUCUAAUUCGUAAAUUACUACAAAAAGAUGAACAAAUUCGACUUGGAUCUAGAGCAGGAGCUGCUGAUAUAAAACAGCAUUCAUUUUUUAAAGCUAUUAAUUUUGCUUUAUUAAGAAAUAUGACACCACCUAUUAUUCCUGCUGUUCAAAAACCAAACGGAAUUGAUGCUAUCAACUUUAGAAAGAUUCAAGAAAGUAUUAGCUUAGACUUAGAAGCGGAUGGAUUAAAGAUGAUAAAGAAAUUAGAGAAAUCAAAUCCGUUUGAGAAAUUUGACUCCAUUACUCUGUACCACAUUGGGGAUUCUGAUUCUGACGUAGACUAUUAAAUAUACACUUAAAUAAUAAUAACAAUAACAAUACCCUACUCUUAUAAUAUUUCUUUAUUUCAUAUAAUAUAAUAUCAGUUAUAAAGCAGCAAAAAAAUUACUAUCUAAGGAUACAUGAAUGUAUUUAUAGUUGUUUAUUUAUUUAUUUUUUACAUCAUUUUAGAAAAUAAUAAUAAACAAUUUAUUUCUUGAUUUACA